AUGCAAGCGACGUCUCAGCCGAUCCACGCAAAGCGCAUGUGUGGAAAUGUUCUAGUCAGCUGUGGAACUCGCUUUCAAAGUGGCAUAUCUGGAGUGUCACCAAUCUCGGGGGCGCAGGAAACGACCGAAGUCAUCACUUCACCCUCCAUCUCACCUACCUCAACGAACAGCACCAGUACGGGUUAUCAGCCACCACUACCACCACCAUCUAGUGAUGGCCAGUCAUCCCCGCUACCGGCAUCAUCUAGUGCUUCCCAGUCGCCUCCGUUGUCAGCCCCUAGCGCUACGAGUGCAGCCCCCGCACCUUCGCAUAGGUCCCGUCUGCCGACCCCGGCUCUCGUGGGUGCCAUUCUGGCCGCUGUGCUUGCCUCUGCCAUCACUGCAGCUCUGGUCCGCCGCUGGGUACGAUAUCGACGUGCUCGUGCACAUGCGCUGCUCCCGACGCAGUUUAUGGAGCCCGAUGGAAUGGCUACUACCGAACACACCACCGACUCCGCAAUCGGUCAGCCUACGUGUCUCUUCCAAAGGUCUCACGCAGAGGAGGUCGUCUCACUUGCAAAGGGCUCCUCACGCACCGAAUCUCUCGGGUCCGAGCCCGGGAGCUCGCGCGGGGCGACCAUAUUCGAGCGUCCACCUUCGUCCCGGCCUCCCACCCCCGAUCCCCACGUGGGUCGCAAAGACCACGACACUCUAAGAGAUGAGACCACAAAUCCACCCCCUUCGCCGCGAGUCCCCGUGCCCGUAUCGCCCCCUAUGGAGGACAUUUCCGCCCUGGCAAGACGCGAGGCAUCCGAGUCCGAGGCUGCGCCUGAGCUGGUGGCUGCGGGCGCACAAGGCGAAAGACUUCUGCAUCUCGCGCUUCCGUGGAUCUUUGGACAGCGUGUUCUGGCUAUGAUGGCAGGCGAAGAUGCGCGCUCCGUGGAUAGCGAUGACUCGGACCCGCUGCCUGCGUACGCGCCGCGCGGAUAG